AGAUGGAGGAGGAAGCUACGGCUCUUCGCGAGAUGCAAGCUAAGGUCGAAAAGGAGAUUGGCUCUGUUCAAGAUCCUGCUACUGCUGCUGCUUCUCAGGCAAACAAGGAGGAGGCAGAUUCUCGAUCUGUAUUUGUAGGCAAUGGUCAAUCUUAUUACUCAGGUUCUAUAAUUAAAGCUGGGAUGCUUACAUUGUGUUUUCUACAUGGGCCAGUGUAAUUGGCGUUUUUAGACUUGUACUAGUGUGUGAAAAGAAUGCGUAUCUAUGCUUUUUGAAACUUAAUAUCAAAGAAAAAAAUAAAAAAAAGGAAAAAAGAUACUAUGGAGAAAAUUUUUUGAAAAGAAAAAAAAGAGAUGAAAAAAUUGAUUGAAGAAAAAUACAACCAAGUUGAGAAAAAAAAAAAGAAAUGAGAAUUGACAAAAAAAAAGGAAAACAGAAAAUAUGUCAUGGAAAUUGUGAAUGGGGUUUCAUGGAAUGAUGGGGAUGGCUGUAAGUUGUUUGGCUGUAAGUUGUCCAGCUGAUGGUAGAUUGGGUUAAAGAUGCUUCAACUUCACUACUGGAGGAGGCAGCUUGUUGUUCUUUGGGAAGGAGAUUCUGUUGAUUAUGCAUGCACGCCAGAGGAAGUUCAGCAACACUUUCAAUCAUGUGGUACAGUGAACAGGGUCACCAUCCUGACUGACAAGUUCGGCCACCCUAAAGGUUUUGCUUAUGUGGAGUUCGUGGAAGUUGAAGCUGUUCAAGAGGCUCUUGUCUUGAAUGAAUCGGAGUUACAUGGGCGUCAAUUGAAGGUCUUGCCUAAGAGGACCAAUGUUCCCGGAAUGAAACAGUAUCGUCCUAGGCGCUAUAAUCCCUACAUGGCAUAUGGCUUUAGGAGACCAUAUCCUCCUCCUUACUUUUAUUCUCCUUAUGGAUACGGGAAGGUUCCUAGGUUUAGAAGGUCAACUCGUUACAUGCCAUACUACUAGAAGCUCAUAUGGGAUGGUGAUAAUACGAAGCGGAUGCAUCCUGGAGCAUUUUAUUGUUAUUUUUUUAAUCCGGGGCUCAUUAUGUAUUAUGUGAUUGAGAGAAUAUUUAAUCUCUAUUUGUCUUGAGCCGUUAUUUGUGGUAUACGAUUCAUGCUUAGACUCUAAAAGAUGGUUUAUAUUGUCAUUGAAUAUUACUGUGUACUUCAUAAGGUCAAUUUGUUAUAGAUUAUAAUGACCGUGCAUCAAUGCAGUAAACCUAGUUCCUCUCCA